AUGAGUCAACCCAACGAUCAACAAAAUAUAACAAGGCAUCCUCUUGAUAUGGAGUUGUACAAUGCUGCCGUUCGCGGAGAUUUGAAAACAAUGAAAGAGGCUUUAGAAGCUGGAGCCAAUCCAUCCUUCAUUUACACACAGACAGGUUCUUGGGGAGAAUACGAUCAAGAUUCAGUCAUUCACAAGGUAUUGAAAUGGAAUGAUAGAAUUCUGAGAAGGCAAGGAGUGGAAUUAUUACUAAUCUCUGGAGCCGAUCCUAAUGCAAUACAUGAUUGCAGACGUUGGAAUGGACCUGGACCUAAAGGACAUACUUUGGAGAUGGUCUUGAAAAAGCACGAUUUGGAACUGACUCGUUUACUUGUCGAGUAUGGAGCUGAUCCCAAUUCCACCAUCGGUGUGUUUCGAGGAAGGCAUCCCGUCUUGUAUUCAUUGGUCCGAGAAAUGCACUACCAUUGGAAGAUUCCACAACAACAACAACACAUCGAUCUCAUUCAGUACUUGUUAGAGAAGGGAGCCUCACCGAAUGCUCGUGCUGUGGAAUACCAUAGUAGAGCUAUGAAAGAAAUAGCCCUCCAUUCAGCUUGUGAACAGUAUUGUUCAUUAGUAGAAUCCACAUUGAGGGAGGAAAUGAGGGAAGAAAACAAGGUCACCAUAAUUCCUGAACACGAUUCCGAUGAAGAGGAUUCAUGGAGUUGUGGAACCAUACUUCGAAAAUGGUGUUCUCUUGCAAUUAAUCCCUCGUCCCAUCAGGAGCAAGUGACUGAAGAACCUGGUACCAGGAGUGAGGAUGUGGAACAGAAUCCCAAGCUAAAUUGGUACGAACAAGUCAUUCGAAUAUUACUGGAAGGAGGAUCCGAUGACAAUACUCCAAUGUUUAAAACCAUGGAUGAAGAAGAAAUACUGGAGAAUCAAGUGGAAGGAUCACGUGAAAUCGCUGAUGAAAAUGAAAUUCCUACACGACCUAUCAAGAUCAUUGGUACAGCCUUACAUGGUGCCAUCAAAAACAAUUGUUCACGACUCGUCAAAUUAUUGUUGGCUCAUGGAGCUGAUACAAGAAUACCAUAUGAGGAAGAUGGAACAUGCUGGACAUGUUUGGAAUUAAUUAAUAACAACAAGACGAAGAAGAAAAACUCUCAACGUUUGAGAAAUUGUUCAGUGUCUACUAAAAAGUAUACUUUUAAAGUGUCGAGACGUUAUAAAAUGUGA